AUGGGUGACUGUCUUGAAUCCAACCCGGCAAAAGCAGCCCUCGAGGCCCGCUACCUAGGCAGCUCACCACCAGAACCCACAAACACAAACCCCGUCCUCAACGCCAUUUGGCACCACAAAUCCAGCCGCCACUUCCUACCCGACCCCCUGCCAUCAGGCACCCUGGAGACCCUCAUCUCCGCCGCCCAAAGUGUCUCAACCUCCUCAAUGCUACAGGUCUGGAGCGCGGUAGCCGUGCAAGACCCUACCCGCAAAGCCGCGGCAGCCAAGCUGUGCGGAAACCAAGGCUUCAUCGAGCAGGCGCCGCUCAUGCUGUUCUUCUGCGCGGAUCUGAACCGUCUAGCGAACAUCUCGGCGUGGGAGAACCAGCCUGGAAAGGCACUGACUAACAUGGACAUGUUUCUUAUGGCGACGAUUGACACCUCCUUGGCGGCGCAGAAUGCGGCCUUAGCUGCAGAGUCCAUGGGACUGGGGAUUUGCUAUGUCGGCGGAGCAAGGAAUAACGCCGCUCAGCUUUGCGAGUUGCUGCAUCUACCACACAGAACUAUUGCCCUGUUUGGGAUGGCUGUCGGCGUGCCCGACCCUGGCCGCUUAGUGGAUAUUAAGCCGCGGUUGCCGUUGCGGGAGGUUCUUCAUCUGGAGACGUGGGAUGAUAGCUGCCAGCGUGAGAAUGUUGAACGGUAUAACCGGGGCCUAAGCGACUUCUAUGACUGGCAUCGGCUUUUUGGUCGCGUGAGCUGGGCGACUUUUGUCGCGGGUUUGAUGGCGGAGGGGGGGUUAGAUGGGAGGGAGAGGAUGAGGCAGGUGUUGCUGGAGAAGGGGUUCGGACUUGAGUAA